CCCCUCCGGUUCUUUUCUGUGUGUUCAGUGAAUCGCAUCAAAUUCUUUUGUGAUGCUAAACUUUGCCAAGAAAAAGUUCGACACGGACAGUUUUAAGAUUUCUGUUCGGACAAAUCAAAUGUUGAUAGCUUCCACGCGUUGAGCUGUUCAAUUUUGUCUUCUUGGCGAACACUUUUGGACUUCCACGAGUCGGCGUGCCGGGUGUUGUUUUACCGGAUCUUCCGCCCUCUUUGCGCCUGAGGAAUGUGCACUUUGCAGCUCGGUGCUCGAUGGGACACUUCUCAAGCCGGACUUGCGGAUGAUUCCCGGGCAUGAAAAGAAGCUGGGCGGCCCGGACCCUCCUGAGCACCGCGUAUAGCCCGGAAUUAGCGCUUCCUUUCCGGGCAUGGACGGUGGCCGGGUCGGGCUCCAGCAGGCGUCGGGCGGCGGAAGAGGAGGCGGCGGGUGGGUCGUGGUGGAGGCCCGGCUGCAGGGUGGAGCACCGUGGGGAUUCACCCUUCAGGGGGGCCUGGAGCACGGAGAACCGCUCAUCAUCUCCAAGGUUGAACACGGCGGUAAGGCGGACAGUUUAAAGUGCCCCCUGCAGGUGGGGGAUGAGAUUAUCAUGAUAAACGACAUCGAGCUGACUGGAUAUCGACAUGAGGCAAUUGCUCUCGUCAAAGGAUCGUACAAGACUCUGCACAUCACCGUCCGCAGGGAUUGCAUGGAGGAAUGUGGGUCUUCACCUCCCUCACAUCCGACUUCAUACCGCGCUCCUUCGCCUCCUUCGCCGCCACCGCCACCGCAUCCAAAACAACAAACACAAAUGGACUACAGCAGACCAGGCUCAACAGGGGGAGUCCAGCUGCGCAUCAGGAACAGACGUAAUGAGGCUGCCUCUCGUCCUCACUCCUGGCAUUCAACCAAGCUCGAUGUAGGUCAGCAGGACUCGGGCCGUGAAGCAACGGACACUUUGAGUAGUGCCUGGCCCCACAACUACCACUCAAGUGCCUCCACCACAGACCUCGCAGGUGAUUUUGACUCUGAUGGCGGCUGCCUGAGGAAGAGUCCGGACCAAUACAGCUCAAGAGGCAGCAUGGAGAGCCUGGAUCCUCCUCAGCCUACACACCUCCAGCACCACCACACACUCGGCUAUCCCCCUCACAGUGGACCACACCCUGCCUACUCCUCCUGCCAACAGCUGUCUUCUGCCAGGUCGUCCAACAGCAUCGAUCACCUCCACAGCAAGCGAGACUCUGCAUACUCCUCCUUCUCCACUAGCUCCAGUAUCCCAGAGUACCUUGCUUCCGCUCCGACCUUCAGUGCGGAGCGUUCCUAUUCUCUGGAGACCGUCCCUCAGAAAGGAGGAAGCGGAGAGAUGCAGCACGUUGACAUUCAUUGCAUCCGGCCGGUCUACAACGCCCAGCAGGAACUCGCUCAAGAGCAGAAACUGAGCUCCACGUCAACUUCGUCGCUACGCAACAGUGACUCCAGAAUCGCAGGGAUAGAAAAGGGAGGUCAAAGCCGAGAUCUGCAAGGAGGUGGACUCUGUUACCGUGGCAGCACCAGUGGUCGCCUCGGCGGUGCACCAGCUGCAAACAGGCAUAGCGUAGGUCCAGUAUGGCCGCCUGGGACCAGUCACAGCUCCUACGAGAACCUAAGAGGGGUACCUGCUCCGCCGAGACGCAGCGACAGCUACGUAGCUAUCAAGAACCACGAGAGACCCAACUCUUGGUCCAGUGUUGAGCAUUCCCGCUCAGCUAAUAGGUCUCUGCAGAAAAGUCCCUGGCAUCACUCCAGUGGCCCUGUGGCAGCGAAAGGCUUGUACAUGACAGAGGACAGAGAGCUGCAUACAGUCAUCGAAAAGAGCCCAGAAAGCAGCCCCACCACAAAGCCCAGGCAGGGCUUUCCCCCACCAGGUGCACCUUCUGGACCCCCCACAGGACCUUUGAGCACGGAUCCCCAGUCGGGACGCCUCGUUGUGCCCUCAGGAGUUUCCCUUGUACCCCAGGAGGAGUCACACUAUGCACAGAUACCCAGUUCGAGUCCCACGUCACCCACAUCUGGAGUUUACAGCGCUCUGGCCAAAGACAACAACCGAAAGGAAGGUCUGCAUAAUGUCAGAGGACAGGAAGAAGAAGCCGCAGAGAAUUGGAGCAACCAGCAGGAGGACAAUCAUUUUGAACACAACAGCGCCCAUCAUGCAGCAGGGAGGUCUGAGAGCCACCUGGGGUCUUCCUCCUCUCACAGUCCCCACCGCCUACAUGGUCACUCUAAUCAAGGACCCCUUAACCAAAUGUCGCAGCCACAAGAUUUAUUCAGCUCUCAAACUCAGUCGCCUCCUGCUCUUGGGGCCCAGACCUGCCAAGAGUGGAGGGACCCCUACACACCGGUGCAGUCGAGGAGUCACGCGAGCAGACCAACGGACCAAUGUGAAGUUCAUCAAGAGCCAUUGACUAAUACCAGAGUGGCCCAGGGACAAGUGCCGCCUUCCCCUUCACUACUCCACCCUCAGCAUCAGCACCCCUCCUCCUCUCAGGCACCUUCUCGUCACUACAGCGACUCUGCAGUUAUUCAUUACCAACACAGGGAUCAAAGCGAGCAGCAAAGAGACAAAGAACACCCACUGACCCGUCUGGAGAACGCCCUCGUGGAGGUCCAACAAAGCACCGGCCCGAGCUGUGUCGUCUCCGCCGGUAGCUAUGACAACAGCACUUUGGGUGACGGCAUCCAGGGGCCCACUCGUAGUCUCUCGGUGCUGGAGAGGGUCAGCCGCUUUGAGCAUCGCGAGCGUGCAGGAAGGCAACGCAGCUAUAGCAUCACUCAAGGCCACAACAAGACCUCUCAUUGGAUCACUGACAAAGCCCACAUUGCCCACUGUGGAGCAGAGGACCUCAGAAGCAUGCUCGAAAGAAGCAAUAAAGGCAGCAAAGCCCAUAGAACUAGGAGUUACGGAGGAGGCAGCGUCAACUACAAGAAAGACAGGGCCACACCUGAUCCCACUGCAGCCUUGGAAAGGAGCCUAAGCAGCCUUCAUCUGAAUGAAAGCAGGGGAGAAAUCUCUUUGAUACAAGAUACUCAGAGCAUGCUGGGAUCUUAUUGGGACGCAUCCUUUCAAAGAUCUUACAGGGACUCAAUGAAAGAUGCACAGUCUAAGGUCCUCCGUUCCACGUCGCUGAGACACAAUUUCUCCCCCAAUCGUCUCUCUGAGAAGAAAGGCCCUAAAACUAUGCCAAAGCCAGACAUAGUCAUCUCACCAUCCCCUCACACUCCAAAGGAGCGCCACGUAGUCGGGCCGGAGACCAGAGGGCCGAGUCCCCCGGCCUUGCCCAGCGUGCCCCCGGUCGGACCUCCUGCUGCCGUGCUGCAAAGCUGCAGGCGCAGACGUCUUACCGCAGAUCAGAAGAAACGUUCCAAGUCUGAGAACAACAUGAACGAGGUCGGGAUUUACGAUUCGGAGACCUCGUCUUUCUUCAAGCUUGGAGGAGAGAUGAGUGUGGCGGACCGACGGAAGAUGUUUGAACUCGGCUUUUCCAGCAACGCCAUGUCAAAGCCCGAUUUACGUCAGCUUCAGCAUGACGCUCUGGCUCAGUACGUGCAGAGGAAGAGGAGUGCAAAGACAGAUGAAGCAAGACAGAGGGUUGGUCCAAGGCCUCUCAAUGCGUAUCUGCAGUUGGACAACUCGUACCUUUCAGACACCAUCAGCCUCUCAUCCACGUCCAGUCUGCUCUCUCUCCAGGACCCUAACCCCAGCCAAAGUAUUUUCUCAAGUGAGCGGCCUCACAUAUCUUCUUCCCCUUCAGCUGACAUGAGAAACCUUCCGCCCAACUUCCACCACCCAGGCAGGGCAACCACCCCGAGGCCGCCACCACAAUUCCCAAGCGGUGACUCUCCACCUGAGCACCACACCUCCAUCACGCACCUGCCUCAUAACGUCAUCUCUGGGGCGGACACCGGCAGACACGGUCCGUUUGCAGGUGAAAACUCACCACAGCAGAAAGCAGAGCCUCAGCAAGACUCAGGAGGGCCCAAGCAGCAGAGUUCAACAUUGCGGGGUUCGAGAAAGUCUGCCUCUGUCGAGGAUCUUUUGGAGCGAUCGGAAGAAAAACAUCCUCAUGCCUCUCGUUCCCGCUCAUCAACCACUGUGGAAAUGCUGAAGCAGGACAUACCAUCAGAGAACCUGAAGAUGUUUGAUGCCGCCAUCGCUGAACCUGUGCACGGCACUAAGACUGAGGACAGAGUUGCAGACUACAAGCUGCAAAAAGGACUUUCCUCUCCUCCUCCAUCACAGAACGGUGCUGCUGGAUCCUUUCCAGAUGCAACCUCCUCCCACACUCCCGUGUCUCUGCGGCACAGACGUCAGAGGUACACAGACCGUCAGCGAGCUAAUAGCACCCCCUCUCUAGCAGCCUCCGUAGGUCUUCCUUGUCCACUCUCCUGCCCGGACAGAGGCGGGGCUGAGUGGCCUGCUAACGAGGGUCUGAUCCAAGCCCAUCGGGAUGCUGCUACCUACCCUGACAUCCCUCAAAGCAGCAUACCUGGUGAUGCAAUGAUAGGCAAACGUAUAGGACACAGUUUAAGUGACGGCACUAUGAAGGACGCUCAAAGUGAAAUAACUUUUAGUAUAGACAGAAGAGGAGAAUGUCAUCAAGAAGACGACAAACAAGUCCCAUCAGUGGCGGCGUCGUCGCUGCUCCAUGUCCCGUUUGACCCCACAACGGAAAGGAAGGAAAGUGAAAGUAUGGAGUCUCCGUCCUCUCAGCUAUCCAUCCACCAGCAUUUGUCCCGCCAGCAACCAACAUUAUUCCUGUGUAACGAGGACUUAGAUGAUGUCUUUCUCCAAAAUCCUGCCCCUCCAUCUCUGCCACCUUCUAUCAGAGAGACUGACAUCAUGGAGGACUUCCCUCCUCCGACUUCUGACCCUAUCCUUCAGUUGAACAACAUCUCUUUGCAGACAGCCGAAAGCCUUCUUCCAUCUUUGAAAGUGCAGUCGUCAACCCUCACGUCCACCACUACAUCGAGUAUUUCUAGCCUGGACAUGGACAGUUUUGACCUUGAGUACGAGCCUCUGCUCAAGAGAGAAAAGACGCCAGAGGAGCAUCGCGUGGAAGCGCUGUCACGCCAACUGGUGUUACAGGAUUGUUCGCUGUCAUCAAUCUUCGAAAGAAGGGAGGGUAAAUCAACCGUAGAGCUCGUGGAAGUCAUCUUUCAAAACAGCAGACCGGGCGCGAACAUGUUAUGGCAAGCCAGCAACAAUAAUGACAGGAUGGAGGAUGGUUUCACCACAGAUAUGGAUCAGAGUACUGGGAUGGAUGAAGAUGGGAAUGACCUCAACAGCAAGAAGGUGGAGUUGUGUGAGGCUCUCAGGUGCAGCGUGCUGACUCUGCGUCGAGACAAGGAAGCUCUGUGUGAGGAGCAGAGGUGUCACCAGGCACUCGGUGCAAGCCUCGACUCUCUGGUGCAAAAACUAUGCAAGGUCAACGAGAGGGACAAGUACAGCAUGUUCAUCGGAGAUCUGGAGAAGAUCAUGAACCUGCUGCUGUCACUGUGUAGCAGGCUGGCAAGGAUCGACAAGUCCCUGCUUGCUCUGGAGGAGCUCAAACAAGAGGACUGUUCAGAGCAGAGGGACUCCCUCCACCACAAACGCUCCCAGCUCCUCCGUCAAACAGAGGACGCUUGGGAACUGAAGGAAAACCUGGACCGGCGGCAGCGCGUCGUUCACGCCAUCUUGUUAGGCUACCUCACUCAACCCCAACUCCAAGACUACCGACACUUUGUGAGCACCAAACCCUCCCUACUGAUUCGCCAGAGGAACCUCGAUGACCUCAUAAGUCAACGGGAGGAGCAGCUGACCAAGCUGGCGGAGACCCUCCCGCGGGAGUUGGCGGCGACGUGGGAUCAGGGUCGGUCGGAAGGAUCUUCGUGUUUAUCCCAGAACCCCGCCCCCUUCCCACAGCUGACUUCUGACCCCUCCCACUCAGUCAGGCCCACCACAGUGACAUCGCUGUGACGUCACGACUCAUCGGCGGUGAAGGACCGGUGAAGAAGCUGCUCGCUGAAUCUAUGCAUAUGUCACACAUAAAUCCCCUAACACUAAAAUGUGCCUCGUUUUAUUCACACCUGACUGAAUGUUUCACCGGGCAAAUAACCACAACAUCCACAACCAGCUUUGUAAAGGACCCCCAGGCUGCAAGAGCAAGAGCGCAGGUGAGUUCACGGUCAAAACACAGUGAAACCCGCUUAUGUCGACCAACUCAUCAAGUCCACCGUGUUCUUAUGUCACUCAGAAGUGCCCGCUUAAGUCGACAUACCGGUCGACUGCAUUUGUCAAUGUGAAAUUUGCAGCACAAAAAGGGUAAUUUCCAUGAAGUUUAUGUUGUACAAACCCCGUUUCCAUAUGAGUUGGGAAAUUGUGUUGGAUGUAAAUAUAAACGGAGCAGAACACUUCUCCACUUUGUAUCAGUCCAUCUUAGAUGAGCUCAGGCCCAGCGAAGCCGACGGCGUUUCUCGGUGUUGUUGAUAAACUGUUUUCGCCUUGCGUAGGAGAGUUUUAACUUGCACUUACAGUUGUAGCGACCAACUGUAGUUACUGACAGUGGGUUUCUGAAGUGUUCCUGAGCCCAUGUGGUGAUAUCCUUUACACACUGAUGUCGCUUGUUGAUGCAGUACAGCCUGAGGGAUCGAAGGUCACGGGCUUAGCUGCUUACGUGCAGUGAUUUCUCCAGAUUCUCUGAACCCUUUGAUGAUAUUACGGACCGUAGAUGGCGAAAUCCCUAAAUUCCUUGCAAUAGCUGCUUGAGAAAGGUUUCUUUUAAACUGUUCAACAAUUUGCUCACGCAUUUGUUGACAAAGUGGUGACCCUCGCCCCAUCCUUAUUUGUGUAUGACUGAGCAUUUCAUGGAAUCUACUUUUAUACCCAAUCAUGGCACCCACCUGUUCCCAAUUUGUCUGUUCACCUGUGGGAUGUUCCAAAUAAGUGUUUGAUGAGCAUUCCACAACUUAAUCAGUAUUUAUUGACACCUUUCCCAACUUCUUUGUCACGUGUUGCUGGCAUCAAAUUCUAAAGUUAAUGAUUAUUUGCAACAAAAAAAAAUGUUUAUCAGUUUGAACAUCAAAUAUUUUGUCUUUGUAGCAUAUUCAACUGAAUAUGUUUUGCAAAUCAUUGUAUUCCGUUUAUAUUUACAUCUAACACAAUUUCCCAACUCAUAUGGAAACGGGGUUUGUAGUAUUUUUCUCACAAGUGCCGUGCGUAAGGUCCGUGAUCUGUAGGGGGGCCGGUUUUGCGCGAAUAAGCGCUUGUAAAAUGAUGUUUUUUUUCGUACCACAAACGUAUUCGUAGCCCCUUCCUGCUCCGUCACUAGAGGUGGGAAUCUUUGGGCACCUCACGAUUACGAUUCAGGAGCUACGAUUCCAUUAAAAAUCCAUUAUUGAUGCAUCUUUAAUUUAUGUAUAUUGAUGCAGUUUUACAUUUCUUUUUGUUUUACUGAAUAAGCGUUUAUCACUUGCAACUAGAGAUGUCCGAUAAUGGCUUUUUUGCCGAUAUUCGAUAUUGUCCAACUCUUAAUUACCGAUUCCGAUAUCAACCGAUACCGAUAUAUACAGUCAUGGAAUUAACACAUUAUUAUGCCUAAUUUUGUUGUGAUGCCCCGCUGGAUGCAUUAAACAAUGUAACUUUACCAUGAAUUGAUUAACGUGGACUCUGACUUAAACAAGUUGAAAAACUUAUUCGGAUGUUACCAUUUAGUGGUCAAUUGUACGGAAUAUGUACUGUACUGUACAAUCUACUAAUACAAGUUUCAAUCAAUCAAUCAAAAACAUGGUUUUCCAAAAUAAGAGAACAACUUCAACUCCAGUUAUGGAAAAAAGUGCCAACAUGGCACUGCCAUAUUUAUUAUUGAAGUCACAAAGUGCAUUAUUUUUUUUUAAAUGCCUCAAAACAGCAGCUUGGAAUUUGGGACAUGCUCUCCCUGAGAUAAUCCAAAAAACCUCUACAACUAUGGGAAAUACUAUAUUUUGACUUUCACAAAGUGCAUUAUUUUUAUUUUAUUUUUUUAAACAUGCCUCAAAACAACAGCUACAAAAACAAUGAAGGCACACAGCUUCAGUCCAGAGUAUACUAGACCUACGUCCGUGUUUUACAGGAUAUGUACCGCUCCGUACAGCGGCGUUUUAAAAAGUCAUUAAUUUUACUUUUUGAAACCGAUACCUAUCAUUUCCGAUAUUACAUAUUAAAGCAUUUAUCGGCCGAUAUCAUCGGACAUCUCUACUUGCAACUUUAAAAAACGAAUUCAUUUGGAAUAAGAAACAGUUAAAUUAAGUCCCACCUUUAAUAAAUCCAUGAAAAUGUGUGCAAAACUGAUUUAUACGUGCACGAUAGCAUAGGAGCUGGUCGGAUCUCUCGAUGAGGUGGCUCGCUUCAGUCAACCAAAUUUUAGAACUGUCUGUAUUACAUUAUU